GAUUAGUUGUUGUCAUUGUUUACCUAUGUCGAUUGACUUAUAAAUACAUUUCGGAGAAAGGCAGAGACGGUCCGAAAAAAUGGAAGGACACGUGCGAUAUUGAUGUCCAAGACCAAUGCAAUGGCAACGAAAGUUCCACAUUUACCCCUGCAUGAGAAGGCCAGGAUCUAUAAGCGGUUGAUGCUGGUUUUCCUUGUGGUCUACAUACUUGAAGGAGUGGCCUCUUUCAGCAUUGGCGUCUGGCUGCUUGCUCGAUUUCAUGUAGUGAGCAACUGUUUUAUUAAUUAUCAAAUUAGUGCCGCGAGUUCUUUGAUCCUUGUAUCCGGCGUGCUCACCAUAUGUGUAUGCUCUUUUGGUGUGGUGUCUACCUCCAAAGCGGAGAAUACACAGUGCUUACGGCCCUUUCUCAUCUUUCUUGUGCUUCUAGUAGCGCUGGAGCUAUCUGCCGCCAUUGUUUCAACGAUCGACCAACAUAAGCUUGAUGACAAAACUUUUCACAACAGUAUGAGUACGACUCAUUGGUCCAUCAGCAACGAAAACGACGAAGAAGAACAGAAAGAAGAACUCGAAUGCUGGACAGAAGUACAGAAGAGAUUCCGAUGUUGUGGCGUGGAUGGCUAUCGAGAUUGGAUCAGCGACACUUCAGAUACGUACAAUUUUUCACAGAGUAUAUCUACUCUAGCUUUAGACAGCUGCAGAUGCGAAUUAAAUUGGAGAGAGAAGGAACGAAAGUGCAUAGAAGUCAAUGUGACGCUUGGAACCAAUGUGAGCAACUACGGUGUGUUUGCAAGUCCGUGUCACGACGCCUUGUACAGUGCCAUUACGACUCAGACGACUUUGAUAAGAUGGUUCUGUCCAAUUCUUGUUAUAUUACAAGUUGUUGCAUUUGCUUUUAUUUUCUGGUUCUUCUCAAAGGUACAGAAAGCAAAUGCCGUAGAAGUUUACGGAGUAGGUAACAGGAAGAGUACAACCGACCCGGAACCUCCUAUCAUCUUUUCGGUCUCGAAUGAUAGACGGUCCAGCAGUUAGACUGUGCUCAAUGACUCCGCUGGAUAUGCGUUACUGUUGGUACAUCGAACCAACAUGUGGUUAUUGCGUUACAACGUCUUUUUCAAUGAGCGUCUUAUGAGUACAGUAUUUAACCCUAUACAGAUAGUUAGGAUCCAAGAUCAUGUUUGACUUGUUUUGGCCAUAAUCUCCUGCCGUAAAAAAAUUCUAUGUUUUAAUGUGGUGACAAUAUUUUAAAACCUUUCUAUAUAUAGAAGUAAACAAUACGUGCCAUAACAUCGCCAUUUAAACAACUGUUUCAUCCAUACAAGCACCUGGGGUUUUCACCUUGGGACAACAACGUCUGGUUCCUAUCUAAAAUACAGAUGUAUCAUCAAACCGAUCAACUCCGUCUAAUUUAAUCGGGUGAGCUCGACGCUUGAGAUAUUUUAUGCAACUUAAUAUUCAGAAUCUCAACGCCAGGGGGACGAUUAUGGACCUUUUUUGAGUGACGCUUUGGCAAGGACCACGGAUAUUUUACUGCAAUGUCGUAAAGUGUCCCGAUAAUGAACCGUUACAGAUGAAUACACAUUGAGUGUGAUACUACUGAUGUGUAACUAGCAUUACAGUUUGAAUUGUCUUUCAUUUACUGUUUUAUGAUAUGCUUGUGAAAUCAAACAUUUCAGGUACAUGAUCUGUUUGAAACAGCGUGUCGGAGUGAUAUUAUAUUUUCUUAAAUCGUAACGAAGAACACGGUGGAAUUCAAUACAGUUUCGUGGAUACGUAGCAAGAUCAGUGAAACUCGAUCAUUCACGAAAAUAUCAUAUUUUAUGUUGACGCUAUGUGACGCUGUAUGUACAAGAUGCAGUUACCUGUACUGUUUGAGAUGUAGUCUGAAUGAAAUUCACCCGCGAAAUAGUGCUGGUUUACCUAGAGUUCGCUCGCACACGUAUGUCUCCCUAUUGGAUCACAAAACUGUGCAUUAUCUGUAGAAACAUUAUAGUCAGUGCUUACCAUAAAACAUACGAUCUUGUUCCCUGAAAAUGGCUGGUCCAUUAUUUGUUUAAAAAAGUUUGUUUACAACAUUACUCGAACCAUGCAGAUGAAUUGACGCAGGAAGAGAAAAUUGUUUUUUUUCAUUGGGUUUGAACGAAGCUUGCAUACCACAAUUAAUGUAAAAUAUGUAUUUAAAUAAUCAUAUAUUUAAAGGUCGUUUGCGGCUUAUAUCGUUAAUAUUUUCACUUUUAAAAGAUGUGAAGUAUUGUAUGGUUAUUUCACUUGUGUUAAAGACGUCAUGGAAACAUAUCCCUUAUUCCCAUAAGAAAAAUGAAACUACUAUCGAGGUUGUACUUUUUAAUGUACAUGUAACUUUAUCACAUUUGUCAUUAAUAGACUACGUGUUUAAAACAGAAGAGAGAAUCGCAUAUGAGUUGCGGUAAUGUUAAAACGGUUCAUUGGUCCGGGAUUCAAUUAGUAUCAACGUAUUUGUGGUUGUUAAUUACAGCUAUAUUUAAAAUUGUAAAGGACAAGUUCAUAUAGGGAAGUGCAGGAUUGCACCAGCUGUGGUCGCAUACAGACGCUUUCUCUUGAAUAUUAACUUUAACACGUGACAUUACUGGGGAAGUUACAUUGUGAAUGUUUAACUAAUUGGUAUUACAGUUUUCUCGAUGGCAAAAUAUAACACAUAUAUACUUAGUAUACAGAAUAUAAAAUGAGGUCGAUUCUUCGCUGGUCUACUGGGAACACUGUAUGAAACUCAUUGUGUAACGUGGGAUGUGAUAUAUUAUUGAGUGGAGAAUCCUCGCCUGAGUCGGGGCAGUAUUCUAUAGAAAGGAAGUUUAUGUUAACAAAGAGAUUCCCUUGAAUAUGUAUACAUAAUAAGCCACGAAAUCGAUAAACCUAUUUCCAUUAGCUGUAUUUUAAAUGUAGACUAAAGAUUAAAUUCAUUUAUCCUUAUCACGCAGGGUCGUAUACACAGAAACAUACAUAUUGACCCAUACAUUGUACAUUAUUAGGCAUUAUAUCGUUGGAAAGGGGUUAUGACGUCAGCAACUGUGAAGCGUCGGCCAUGUUUGCUAAUUUUUGCCGUUGUGGUGUAAUAUUUAUUGAACAUGCUAUGAAGAAGCGUCCGUUGUGCAAUUUUAUCAAUUUAACGUGUCUGUUACUAGGACGAUAGCUAAAUGUGUCCGUAACUCGGACAUCAGCUUGAAUCGGCUCCUCAUUAUACAGUUUAUGAUGAUUUAUCUCUUGCAUUAGAAGUUUACAUUGAUGCAUUCCUCACUUAAAUAUUUUACCUUGGGUUGAAUGUGUAUCUUACUGUGAUAUUUUACCUUGGGUUGAAUGUUUAUCUUACUGUGAUAUUUUACCUUGGGUUGAAUGUUUAUCUUACUGUGAUAUUUUACCUUGGGUUGAAUGUUUAUCUUACUGUGAUAUUUUACCUUGGGUUGAAUGUUUAUCUUACUGUGAUAUUUUACCUUGGGUUGAAUGUUUAUCUUACUGUGAUAUUUUACCUUGGGUUGAAUGUUUAUCUUACUGUGAUAUUUUACCUUGGGUUGAAUGUUUAUCUUACUGUGAUAUUUUACCUUGGGUUGUAUGUUCUCUUUAUUUUAUUAUUAAUAUUAAUUUUCAAUGUUAAUAGUCAUGGGACACUUGGAGAUGUUCUCAUUAUAGGAUGUCUUGUACAGGUUAUUGAUAUUUAAUUAUGAAAUUCAGGAAAUAGAUGAUGAAAGACACUUCCUCGUGAAAUAUCCACAAUAUGAUGAUAUUAGGUUUGAACUUUUUUCCAUGGCCAGGGGGAAAAUCCCAGACUUCGCAAUGUUAGACGAGGAAUAGAAAUUCAUCACCAUAAUAAAUUAUAAUAGCAUCCAGACUCAACUUUCAACUUGUUUAUUACAAUAGGCGCAAAGCACAUAUAGAGCAGUGAUAUCAUCUAUUUCAUAGAGUACAGUGCUUUAAACUAGGUGAAUAAUAUAUAUAGUCCAUCAUUAGAAACUACUAUUUAACUUGAUAAUCAUGUAAUUUAAAAGUAUUUGUUCUCUUUCUAUUAUUAUUAAUAUCAAUUUUAAAUUUUAAUAGUCAUUGGACACUUUGAGAUGUUCUCAUUAUAGGAUUUCUUGCACAGGUUAUUGAUAUUUAAUUAUUAUGAAACCACAUGUCCAUCAUCCUGAUAUACUAAACGUUUUCCCUUGGGUAAUGUAUAUAGAUGGAACACAAAAGUAAUGUCUUUUUAUGAGUAUUUUAGGUGAUUUGAUAUGUAUCAUGUGUAUUAAUAGUGUCUCGUAGGUCAGCAUUUGGCCGGAUAUUAAUUCCUGUUAAUGGUUUUUAUAUUGUAUUUGUUUUACUGUGAAUUAAUAUGUGACACUUUAAUAAAAUGUUUUUUAUUAUUUAUUAUGUAUGUAGGCUAUUUCUGUUUUAACCGUGUUGUCUACCUCAUGGUGUCCGGUAAUCUGACUCAUGAUAUUUUGUUUGCUACUUUGACUUGUCUGUAACUCUGAGAUUCUUGGUACGAUAGCAAUUAAUAAUCUGAAAGGAAAUGUUUGCUAAAGAGAGGGUUAUAACUUGUACAUACGAUUUCCAUUGAUAGAGGAUACGGUUUGGUCGAUGUCGUACAAACGUUCCACACGGGGUGCAUAUCAUUCAAUGAUUAUUUGAAUUGUAUGCGUUUAUAAUGGACCGUUCAACUACGUCUAUAUUGUGCAAACAGAAAAUUGUUUACUUUUUUCCCCUUUUGUUUUACAUCACGGAUUGAAUACAAUAAGCAUAAAAUGCAUUUUAGUGUUUUAUAGAUUUUUCUUUGUUACACAUAAAACAUUUGAGUAAUAUAAAAACAUAAAGGUACACAAUUUAUUACAGUGAAUAUUGAUCGUACUUUCUGGUUUUAGUAUCUUAUUAGUCAAAUUAAAUAGCUAAAUAUUGAUCUAAAGUUAUGGGAAAGGUCUCAUCGUAUAUUGGUAAAAUCGUAUUGCCGAUCAAUGUGAUAGUUAUGAUGAUUCAAUCAUAUUAUUGUUAUGUAUUUUAUUCUGUAGUUUUGUAACAAGUUGUUCUAUUGGUCAAUCUCCAUGAUUUAUUUCUAUGAAUCAUUCGCAGACUCUGUGUCAAAGGUCCCGUAUGUAAGCAUACAGUCAGUACCGGACAGUAGUCUGACAUUUACAUGUACUGUGCAGAUAUUGGCUGGUAUUUCGUCAAGUGUUUUCAGAUGUCUAUUUCAAGGCUACACAUGGCAAUAUCAGAUUCAAUCUGUAAGCUUCAAUUUGAAAUUGACAUUUGGAACUGACAUCAGGAAAGUACAUGACAGUGUAUCAUCAAACAUCUGCAGCAUUCGGAACCGUGAAAGUACAUGACAGUGUAUCAUCAAACAUCUGCAGCAUUCGGAACCGUGAAAGUACAUGACAGUGUAUCAUCAAACAUCUGCAGCAUUCGGAACCGUGAAAGUACAUGACAGUGUAUCAUCAAACAUCUGCAGCAUUCGGAACCGUGAAAGUACAUGACAGUGUAUCAUCAAACAUCUGCAGCAUUCGGAACCGUGAAAGUACAUGACAGUGUAUCAUCAAACAUCUGCAGCAUUCGGAACCGUGAAAGUACAUGACAGUGUAUCAUCAAACAUCUGCAGCAUUCGGAACCGUGAAAGUACAUGACAGUGUAUCAUCAAACAUCUGCAGCAUUCGGAACCGUGAAAGUACAUGACAGUGUAUCAUCAAACAUCUGCAGCAUUCGGAACCGUGAAAGUACAUGUACAAACGCCAAUCAACUUUACAACUACCUACAGAGUACUAAGUUUUGCUCUUUUGUUUUAUACUGUUAAAGUUACUCUCCAGGACUCCCUGUAACAACGAACGAUAAUUGAACGCGUUUUUAAUUGUUGCAUGUGUUAAUACGUUGGGCAAUACUUCAUGGCAGAUUGACCAAUACAAUUGUCGUUAUAGCAACCAUGAUUUCUAAUAAAUAACACGCCUGAUUUGAUUUGUACUUCUAGACAAAAUGAAUGCUAAUGUUGCUGUUAAUUAAUUGCCUUUUAAUUUACAAAAUAAAGUGUUUGAUUU